UAAGUUCUACAUUCGUUGGCAGAUCUUUGAGAGGAAAGUAAAUGGAAAUGCAGGAAGGGAAAAUGGAAAAAGAUUUCCUGUUGCAAUGGGGAAACAGAAAGAAGCUAAGAUGUCCCAACAAACUCAAAAAACAGCACCACUUUGGCAACACCACCAGCAGCGGCCGAGGCGGCAGCACUUCCACGACGCCACAGUCUUUACCUUUGCCCAACAAGAAAAUCUGCCCCUCGCCUGUUGCCAAUCGUCACAAAAUAAAUUCGGAUUUGGGAACGAAUAAACCAAGAGCGGCAUUGACAUCACCGGAGAAGGAAGAUAGAUACUAUGCAACAAGGGGAUCGGGUUCCUUGAUGUUGGAUGAUAAUCACAAUAAUAACACAAAGGCUUUGAUGGAUCAACAAGUUAAGGAAGAUAAAAGGAUUGUGUUGCCGAGAUUGUUCACCACAUUAUCUAACAAAGAAAAAGAACAAGAUUUCAUGGCAAUGAAGGGAUGUAAGCUUCCUCAAAGGCCCAAGAAAAGGGCUAAGUUGAUCCAAAGAAGCAUUCUCUUGGUGAGCCCAGGGACAUGGCUAUCAGACCUGUGUCAGGAGAGGUAUCAAGUGAGGGAGAAGAAAACUUCAAAGAAGAAACCGAGAGGAUUGAAGGCCAUGGGAAGUAUGGAGAGUGAUUCUGAGAGAGAGUGACAAAUACAAUUCACAAAGGAAUGAAUGAAUCAAACUCUGUUGCUUUUGGUGGUCUGCCUGAGAAUGGGGAGAGAUGAUUAAUGAUAUUAUAGCUUUUAUUUCUAAUCUUUUUUAGAAAAUUAUUUUUCUUAUAUGGUACCAUUGUAGAAAAUAGAAAGGGGGAAAUUAGGGUUUGUUGCUGGUGUUUGCUUUUGUAGGUGGCAAAAUCUGUGAUCAGAUUUGGAUUAAUUAAUUAAUUA